GAAUCAAAAUGUUCACAAGCACAGACUGGUACCUGAAUAUUCGGGAUUCAGUAUUGUGGCAAACAACGUUCAACGAUGCUAAAUUACCUGGCUAUCAUCUGCGCUCUGCCAGCCCUCCUGGUGGCAGUGCCCACGGGUGAGCUAUCGGACAUCGACGACGGCCUCCCCGACAUCGUUGACGACGAACCACUGCCUACACCAACCGGUAUUCGAAACUUCAUUGGUGUGGGGUAUAACAUCAUUGAUGGAAACCCUGAAGGUGGUGAUAUCUACCUCGGUGGAGUCGAUCCAGGUCUGCUAGUGACAAGGCCAAUUCUUAAACUCACCUAUGAGGAUAACCAGCUCACGUCGGAUCGGCAGUACGUAGUCCCAGACCAGGUUGUAUUUUCUCCUCGGUCCAGCUGCGUUACAACCCAGACUCAACAGACUUUUUACGGCACAGAGACCUACGUUGAGAAAAUCUCGGUUGACGUGAAAGAAUCAGGUCGCGUUGGUUCAAUAUUCUCCAAACACAAGUUCUCAAAAAGUUCGCGUUACGAUGAGGUCAACCGCGGUGUGGAGAAAAACCGUUACGUGUAUUACGAUGAUCGUACGGUUUGCAACAUGGGCCAAGCCCGGUAUCGCAGUGAGCUCGCCCUCUAUGAACAGUACCCACUUGAUAUUGGUUUUGUCUACUCCGCCUGUCAUCUCCCUUUGACGUACGACGAACAAACGUACAUGCAGUUCAUUGACAGUUGGGGAACGCAUUUAGUAACAAAGGUUGACCUUGGUUCGAAGACAACCGUACGUUUCGCAGAGAGCCGAGAAGAUUUCGUCCAUUUCGCCCGAACUGAGGUUGAGGAAAGUGUGCAAUUUCGCACCAAAGUAAUCACCGGAUACCGUGGAGCAUUGAAGGUUAAUACGGAGAUCUUUGAGACUGGCCUCUCAACUGGACAAAAGUUUGGAAGUCAUAUCUCCAACUUCACCAGUGGGGGCGAUGAUCUUCCAGAACCGAUCGCCGUGGAACUUAUUGGAAUGCAUGAGGUAUUCGACAAAGACUACUGGCAACAGUACUCAGACUAUAUAAAGAGCAGGCUUUGUACAGUAGAAUGGAUGAGUAAUAGAGAUACUGUUCAACUCAAUAUGGAGAUGGCUCUAAAUAACUACGCAGACUGGAGAGGAGCGGAAGAGACAGUUGAUCCCGAAAUCAUCAUCCCGAUCGCCUGGCCGAAGGGUACCUACACUUUACCUAAACCAAUCAUCGGAUGUCCGAAUGCCCACUUCACAUGGGCCGAGGGGUGGCGCUACCACGACACAGAGGAUGUUGCACCGGGCAAUUACUGGAGUAAUCCUUUCCAUUUGAGUGGUGGCUUCUGGAGUAACAAUAUGGAAUGGUGGUUCUGCUCGAAGACCGUGGCGGAGCAGGAUAUCUUUAACUGGUCCUUCCAGCCUGGCCAGUAUUGUGUGGCUAAGAAGGGAUCAUACUGUCCUAAUGGAAUGGAAGAAGGAGCCAUCUUUUGGGAUGAUGAGGACACUGGCAAUGAUAAUACUUUCGCUGGUGAUAUGCCCAGUGGUCAGUUUGAUCACAAUACCCUUAUUAAUUACUGCUGCCGUAACGAUGGUUUCACCAACAACCCUAUCUAUCUUCCCGUGGAUGAACCUUUCUUUCUUCACAAACUUACUCAUCAGUGUCAAGAAGUCGUUGGUAUGACGUACACGGAAGAAUACUUUCGAUGGGAUACCAAUGAUCAAGGUAAUGAUGACUGGGACUAUGGAGCUCAUCCUUAUCCCGGUGACUAUGAUAACAACAUCCUCCUUGAUUUCUGCUACUACGUACCCAUACCAGACGAAGUGUGAAGACCAGGGUCCCGUACGUAACACAUUGGUUAGCGAUUGAUCGCUAAUUUCAAAGCACAAUUCUGAUUGGUUCAUAGUAAGUCUACUUAGCAAAAUGCGCAUGCAACGAAGGUCUUGAUUGGUCAUAAUUACAUUAGCGAUUAACCGUUAACCUUUGUGUUUCGGCGCCCAGUGCAAGAGAUCUAUGACCAUUAUUAUUGCAACUAUCGAUCCCGUU